AUGGCAACACACAGUUCAGUCCCACCACGGCUGGACACGAAACGGCUCGAGGUGUGGCGCACGGUCUCCGAGAGCACCACCGGAAACUUGGGCUUCUCUUGUGCGCUGGAGCCUCUAAUGGAACAACUUUGUUGGGAACGGAAGAAGAAUAUGAGGGAUAUUUACGGCGGCGGGGGAGAGAGGGCGGCUCAGUUACUUGCAACCGGGUUGGACAUCGGUGCUGACAACGGUACCGUCAGCGCCAUCUUGACUCAAGCGCGUGGAUGCUCAGAAGUACGGUCUGUUGGUGUAGUUACAACGCCAACGACACGUGCUCUGUUUCCAGGCAGAGACGAGGCGACACCUAUCAAAUCCACUCAUGACGAAAAAGAGGGUGAUCUUGUCAAUGUCCCUCAAAUCAACGACUUCUCGGCUCUCACUCGUCAGUGGGAGGUACAGGCUGCUUUGGCCGCUGCCAGGAAUGGAUCCAGACGCCAUCGCCGGCGAAUGGUGCGAUGCGAUAGCGACGAGCGUCAAGACGACGAGGGCAAUGAGGAUGGGGAAGGGCCUGCGGCGAUGCCUGUGGGAGACAAGAAGGAAUGCCCAAAACCCUCCGGCGGAUGUUCUUAUCCUGGGUGUUCUCAUUCGCGAGAUAUUUUUUCCGACGAGGGCGACAAGGAAUUCUCCGAGACAGAGGAGGAGGCUGUGGAGGGCGAAAAUAACUUUGGAAAAGAGGGCCAUCUUGCCUGCGUUCCGGGCGAUGUUAUUCAUAACCGAUUUGCUUUGAUCUGCCAGUUGGGUUGCGGUCGCAGUAGUCGUGUGUGGCUUGCUGUAGAUCUUGUUCAGUGCUCUGUUUCGCGCCGUCGGCUUAUAAGCAACUUGGACGAUCAUCAACUUUGCAUGCAUUUUUCUUCCCUGGUCCAACCGCUCUUUGUUGCCAUCAAAGUGUUCCGUUGUGGUUUGAUGUAUGAGGAACGUGCGGAGUCUGAGGCGUUGUUGUUGGCGUACAUUAGAGAAUUUAAAAAAGCAGAGUGGCUACAACGGCAAUUUUCUCUUCCACGUUUUAAUGUAGAAUCAAGUGAGAUGUCAACACUGAACACAUCGACAGCACCGAUUGCGAAUGUUUCGUCUGCUAUGUUCUCUGGCCACAGUCGUUUUUCUGAAACCGACUCUCAAAGUAGCGGUGAGUGGACAGCCCAGUCAUCUGGUAUUUGUCGUGUAUCUUUUAUGCGGGACCAAUUUACUCACCGAGGUGCAUUUGGUGUGCAUCAUUGCAUUGUUUUGGAUGUGAUGGGUGCUUCUCUUGAUAAAUUCAUGGAUGGGAGAAGACCCAAGGGGAUACCGGCAAGUACUGCCAGUAGUAUCAUUCGCUCCGUUUUGGAGGACCUUGCAUCACUUGCGAUGAUGCAUAUUGCCCACACGGACAUUAGGCCCGCAAGUAUUUUUUUAAUGGAGCGCGAGGGGCACGUCGCAAAAGGUGCAAAAAACUUUAGUACGCAAAAUUCAGGCAGUUCCGAGCUGACGGAAUCAAACUUGAGAGUGCCGCGCGGUCGAGCGUCAAAGUUACAUUCUUCUCGAACUGAAGUGGGCGAGCGACCCACUGUGUCAUUGCCGCCAUUCUUAAAAGAUAUUGUCGACACUCCUCGCACUGGGCGUUGUCAAAGUGCCCGCGGCGAUUCUUUUCAGUCUUUGAGCGAGGCGGGUCUGUGGUGCGCACGAGUGAACCCUCCACACGCGGUGCAACUCUCCGACUUUGAUCACUCCAUUAUUCUUUCUACCCGUUUGAAGCGGGACCACGACAAUUCUCUUAAGAGCGGGUUGGACAACGGCGGUGACUUGACGGAACUGACGGAGGACGGGGCGAAACACACCGCCAACCCCUACAGUCGGCCCGUCGGUGGUGGUGUUUUGACUCCCGACAUGCCGGUGAUGACUGCGCCAGAUGGCAAGGAAAGAGUUUCAGUUUUCACAUUGUCGUGUCAAUUCGCGGCUUCUUUGAGGAUGUCUUCUCCGUCAGCGUGCGAAACGAGCCUUGUGAAUGAGUUAAAGCGGGAUAUCUUGGCACGACGAAGCUAUAAACGUGGUGUGUUGCUUCAGUCACGGGAGUAUCGUUCUCCAGAGAUAAUCCUCGGGAAGGACUAUAAUGCCACCAUGGAUAUUUGGUCCGUGGCCUGCACUGCGUAUGAGCUUCUCUUUGAUCGUCGUCUUUUUGAUCCCAUUCGUGAUUUCACGGAGGCUUUGGAGCGCGAGAAGGGGGAAGGAGAGGCGGACCGGAAAGACGGGAAAAAAAAUUUCUCGAGUGUUGGCGAAAUUCACGGGUGUAACGCAACAGAGUCGGCUUCUGUGGAAAGUGUUAAUGAGCGCAACGUCCACAAUCUUUGGUUUCGUGCUGUUUGCUUUAAUGAGCAUGAAAAAAACAUUGACGUGUUUCACUUGCGCCGGAUGGUGCUUCUUCUUGGGCCCCCUACUCCGCGCUAUAUAUUUUCUACUCCCAUGGGCGAGUACGUGAGAGAGUUUUUUGACGCUCAUGGCCGCUUUAUCUUUCUCACUAAAUACGAGCAAAUGCAGCUGUAUUGUACUGAUGAUAGUUGUGAGGCGCAUUCUUCUUGUUUGCCCUCCCGUGUUGCCUGCGAUGUCGCUGAUAAUGUGUCAGCGACAGCAAAAAAGCACAAGUCUGCGGGCGUCCCGGCAAACGAGAGCAAUUCCCGGCGACGCGAUUUGGGGGCCCAUUGUUGCUGUCGCGGUGUGACUUCCGCCUGGCUGAGGCUGCGGGAACAAAUUCAGGCGCGACUAGGGAAGGAGGAGGGCGUUGCGUUUGAGGACUUCUUGAGGCGGUGCCUGCAGUGGAACCCGGAAGAACGGCCAACUGCACACGCCUUGCUGAGGACUUCGUGGGUGGCUGCCGCGGAAGACGCGAGACCUGGAUUUGCCGAAUGA